AUGAAUAAGGCAAUCUUUCUUUCUCUUCUCUCUAUCCUCCUUCUCCCUCUUCACACGUUUGCUUCGGAACGUGUCGGUGAUUGGGGUCCCAUCAAAGACCUUAAGGAUCCUCACGUCAUAAAGAUUGGCCAGUUUGCGGUCAACAAGUACAACAUACAGAGCAAAUCUGGACUGAAGUUCGUGAACGUUGUUCGUGGUGAGUUUCAGGUAGUAUCUGGUGUGAAUUACAGGUUUGUGGUGGAGGCUGAUGAUGGAAGUAACAGCACAUACAAAAUGUACGAGGCCGUUGUAUGGGAGCAGCUGUGGAUGAAAUCAAUGAAUCUCACUUCUUUCACGUCACUAUUAAAGAAUCGAUUCCUAUGA